CUCUGCAGCGCGCACUGUGACCCGGCGGGGGGGCGGACCCGCUGCUUUCAGUUCCCUGUAAUGGAGGCCGUGUGCCGCGCUUUUAAAAAACGGCAGCAUUAUUUUAUUUCCAAGCCGGUUAGUUACUAAAACACUCAUUUGUUUGUUGCUACCUGGAUUGCAUUGCAAUUCGUUUCUUUGGUGUUUUGUUGUGGUGUGAAGAGCUGUGCAGGGAGAUCUGGAGACCUGCAUAAAAGCGGUGCGAUGCGGCUGUAAUCGUGUUACAUGUUGAGUUAUUUCUAUCGUGAUUGUAACUAGGGCUGCAUUAAGGUUCUGCGUUUCAGAUUUUCUUUUACUAUGGCGAGCGUCCACGAAAGCUUAUACUUUAACCCGAUGAUGACGAACGGGGUGGUCCACGCUAACGUUUUCGGCAUAAAGGACUGGGUGACUCCCUACAAGAUCUCUGUGCUGGUGCUACUGGUCGAGAUGGUCAAGUCCAAGCGCAUGGCCCUCAUCGAGAGGAGGCGUCUCAACAAACUCAUCCUGCCGCUGCAGCAGUUAUAUUACGGUGCAAACCGCAGCAAUACCAAACAUCCAUUUGUGCAAUUAGGAGAUGAAAGAAAAGCGCCCAGGGCCAGAAGAAAGGGUCCUGACCUGACGCUCAGCCAGCUGCUGAAGACGGUGGAGGAGUGCUCCCCGAAGAUGGCUGCCACGCUCAAAAUCAAGUUGCGUGACAUGGUUGCUGGGAACCUCAGGGAUAUGGAGUCCUUCUUUGAUACCCUUCCGAACCCCUUCAGUGAGUCGGAGUCAGAGGCCAGCAAGACCAGCGUUGUCGGACUCUUCAUGAGACACAUGCUGUUGGCCUACAACAAGCUCUCCUUCAGCCAAGUGUACAAGCUCUACAUCGCUCUGCAGCAUUACUAUGUGGCCGGGACCGGGGGAGGCACCUGGAGGGCCACAGCUGAUGUCGACAUGGACCUGAAUGAGAUGGAGCUGACUGGCACUGAGGAUGCCGCGGGGGCAAAGGCAGAGAAGGAGGACCUGGACACGGGCCCAAUGCAGGAGGCGGAGCUCAUUGACGAGUCGCAGAGGAGGUGCCCGCUGUCCCAGAAGCAGGCUGAGUACUUCCUGGUACGCCAGGCGUACCUCCUGAAGACUGACGAGAACAAAGCCCUGAAGGCUGCCGCCCUGCAGGAGGAGCUCAACAACAUGCUCAAGUUCAACCCGGACUUUGCUGAAGCGCACUAUGUCACCUACCUGAACAGCAUGCGUGUGCAGGACAUCUACACCUCCACCCACAGCCUGCUGCACUACUUCGACCGGCUCAUCCUCACCGGCAGCGACGGCAAGAGCAAUGGGGACGAGGGUUACGGCCGCAGCCUCCGCUACGCCGCCCUCAACCUGGCUGCGCUGCACUGCCGCUUCGCGCACUACCAGCAGGCGGAGCUGGCGCUGCAGGAGGCUAUCCGCAUCGCGCAGGAGUCCAGCGACCACGUAUGCCUGCAGCACUGCCUGAGCUGGCUCUACACGCUGGAGCACAUGAAGGGCUCAGACAGCUCGGUGCUGACGGAGGACUCUGUAAAGAUGGCCGCCCACUUCUGUCUGCCGUACUUGGCCUCCCUGGGCAUUCAGUCCCUCGUCCAGCAGGGGGCAACAGGGGGAAAGACUGCCAACAAGCUGAUGGAUGCGCUGAAGGACACAGACAUUUUGCACUGGAAACACAGCCUAUCAGAGCUAAUCGACAUCAGUCUGGCGCAGACCACGUCCUUAUGGAGGAUGUAUGGCAAGAGCACCAUGGCGCAGCAGCAGGCGCAGCUUCUCCUCAACAUGAACAGCCUGGAGCAGGUCAACUACGGCGUGCAGCAGAACAACACGGAGCCCUUUGCCGUGGUGCUGUGCCACCUGGCCGAGCUGCACGCCCAGCAGGGUCUCUUUGGUGCUGCAUCUGAGAUCCUGACACACCUGAAGCAGCAGUUCCCCCCCCACACACAGCAUGCCAAGCUGUGGAUGCUGUGUGAUCUGAAGAUCCAGUUUGAGCGAGCCAUGAAUGACGGGAAGUACCACCAGGCCGAGGCCCACAUGACCGCCAUAUCCGCCCUCAGUGAGACGGAGGGGCUGUACAGGAAGGCCCUGGUGCUGAAGGCACAGAACCGGAGCGGCGAGGCGUACGGCGUGCUACAGCGGCUGCAGGCGCUCUCCGAGGACGGCCGGAGCACCGAGAUGGCCAUCCGGGUGAUGCUGACCACAGCCGAGCUGCACUGGGAAUCUUCCAGCUUCACCACCGCGUUGCCCCUCUUGUUGCGGGCACUGGCUCUGGCACGACAGCACCACCUACAGGCGCUGGCCUCUGAGACCAUCCUGCACCUGGCCUUCUCCCAGCUGAUGCUAGGUGUCCCGGAACAGGCUCUCAACAUCCUGCAGGAGGCCAUGGAGGCCGUCCUGGCCCACGGCUCCCUCCUGGACAAGGGCCGCGCCUUGCUGCUGGUGGCCAAGUGCCAGAUGGCGGUGGCUGAUGGGGGGGGCGACCGCCACGCUGCCCUGGAGCUGGCGGUCCACACGCUGGAUGAGACUGCCUCUUACUUCUCCCGCUUGGGCUGCAGGGAGCGCCUGCGGGAAGUGCACUAUCUGCAGGCCAGGCUGCAUCACUUGCUGGGCCACCACCCACAGCGCAACAAAUGUGCGAUGCUCUUUCGCAUGCUGGACCAGGAGCUCCAGGGAGGUGGGACGCAGCCGGUCACACGUCUCUGAUCGAGGCUGCGCAGCGAUGGAGCGAGCGGCGCUCGGCAUUGGACGUGCGGGUGGGCACGGCUGUGGCUGCCGAUCCCGAACCUCGCCUUCCUUAUGUCCUCUCAUCACCUCCGGGAUUACACAGAGUGCUCUCUGAUCAGGGGUGAGGGAAGAUAUUUUAAAUGGGGGGGUGAGCCAUAUGCCUCUAUUUUUGUAUUUAAAGUAAUUAAACUCAAGUGGUUAAGAUCAUUUGUUUGUUUUGGAGGUCAGGCGAAUGAGUCCAAAACAGCCCAUUCUGUUAAAAUAAUAAAAAUCAGCAGCAUCUA